AUGUUCAAGGGAACUUUUUGGGGUAGCUUUCUAACGGUACUUUUUUCUGGUUAUAUCGCUGAUCGAACAUCACCAAAAUGGGUAUUUCAAAUCGCAUUCGCUAUUUACUUAGUCACAACAGUGAUAUUUCCGUUCCUAGUGAAUUAUGUGGGUUUUGAGGCUGCUCUUGCUUCUCGCAUUAUUAUGGGUAUUGGAGAGGGUGGCGUUUUGCCUACAAUUAAUGCAUUAGUUGCUCCGUGGUACCCACCUGCAGAACGUAGUACCGCUGCUUCGUUUUACACAGCAGGAAACCAACUGGCUGGAGUUCUUGGAUCUCCGUUUGCCGCCGCCCUCUGUGCGUCUUCGUGGCAAUGGCCAUCUGUUUUCUAUGCUUGUGGAAUUAUUGGCCUAGUAUGGUCUAUCUUAUGGUGUCUUACUGUUUCUGAUACCCCAGGAAAGUGCAAGUUUAUGGGAGCUAACGAAAGAAAAUAUUUGGAGACGGUCUCAGCGGUUAAAAUGCCAGAGAAAAGAAAAGCUAUAAAGGUUCCAUGGAGGUUAAUAAUAACGUCUUCUUCAGUUUGGGCAGUUUUUAUUGCACAAUUUUCUAUGAAUUUUAUUUCUGUUCUCAUGAUGUCUUAUACACCGCUGUACUAUAAAGAAGUCCUAUUUAUGGAACUUCAAAGUAAUGGUUUCUACGCCUCUUUACCAAACGUAUUCUUGUGCAUUAGUAAACUUUUGUGGGGUAUGGGAAUGGAUACUUUGAAGCGGAAACGAAUAUUUUCUCCUACAGCUGCUUCUAAAUUUUCUCAGUGUUUCUCGAAUAUCACAAUGACAGUCACAUUUCUCUGCUUAGCUUUUUUCGUUGACUGUACACGAGUUGGUUUGGCAGUGACGCUUAUGUGCAUUUAUGGAAUCGGGUUUUCAGCAGCAGUGUCAGGGUUUUACACUUGUCUUCUGAGUUUAGCACCUAGUUUUACGGGUACGAUCUCUUCAGUGUCAAUGUUUUUUGGAAUUAUUGGACGUCUUUUAGCUCCUGAUCUCGUUGGAUUUUUCAGAGUUUAUGGCACUGUGGAGGAGUGGAGAUUGAUAUAUAUAACUUUAGCAGUUGUCUCUAUUAUCUGCUGCAUUCAGUUUACUAUUUUCGGUUCAGCGGAAGUCCAGCCGUGGGCCUUGCAGUCGUCAAAGGAUGGUGCUGAGAAACAAACUUUACUCAAGGAACAGUCAAAUUCUAUGAAGCCUUUGAAAGAAGAAGGAGUUUUUGAAGAUACAGACUUUUCUUUGAAUGAGAAACAGAACUCAAAUGUUUAA